CGUAGAAUAAUGAAGUCUACGUACUUUGAUGUAGAACGACAGGAAGAGUAUAAGAAUUGGUUAAUUACAGAAGCAGAAAAAGCAAGAGUUUCCGAUCAAAGCAAUUCGAGUUCAACUAAAACUUGUGCAGUUGCUGAUUUAUUUAAUGAGUACGAAAGAGAUAAUGAAAUGGAGAAUAUGCUAAAUACUCAAUUGCCGUCUCCUGCUGAGCUUAAUGCACAUCAAAAAGCAGAGGUUGAAGUAAACGAGUAUUUACAUUCAAAAAGGCUGCAAAUAACUGAUGAUCCAUUUAAAUACUGGUCUGGCGAAAAUUCAAUAAAAUGGCCGUUACUGACAAAAUUGUCUCAUCGUUAUUUCUCAGCACCAGCUACAUCAUCGGAGAGUGAAAGGCUUUUCUCAACUGCAGGAUUGGUUGUAAGUAAUUUACGCACAAGAUUGUUGCCUGAUAAUGUCGAAAAAUUGCUUUUUCUUCAUAAUAAUUUAAAAAUAUACGAUUAUAAGUAUGAUUUAUAAAAAUAUACUAUUUAAUUUAGGCAAAUAAAAUUUUUACAAUUUUUUUAAAAUUCUCGCUUCUCGCCUCUCGCUUCUCGCUUUUUCUCGCCUUUUUUGGUAGUCUCGCUUCUCGCUCUCGCUUUUUAAUUUUCAUUCUCGCUUCUCGUUUUCUCGUUCUCGCCUUUCAAAAUUCAAUUCGCUGCACC